CAUCUAUCCGUGUCCCUUCAUCAUCCAUCCCUUGACCCGCGUCGGCAGCCUCUUUUCAAUUGACCUUCACCUUGGCAUACCUGUGAAAAAUAUUUCUAUCUGAUGGUGCGCAGCAGCUAUUGUAGUGCUAGUAGUAGUUGUUGUCAUUCUUCGGGUCCCUUCUAGACACGCACUCCAUAGGUUGGCAUCUGUCCUUACCAUGGCCCAAUCCGACGGUCCAGACGGAGGUCACUCGAGUUUUUCAGACAAGCUGAAGAAUCCUUUUCACGGGCUCAAGGAAAAACUGAAGGACACUCACCUGGAGGAUGCCAGAAUUGCCCUACACCAUCAAAAACACAAGAUUGGGAAACUCGGGAAUCUCUUCAAUCCCCAGCAUCGCCAUGAUGAGGAACAUGAAAAGGCCUGUGACGCGAAGCGUGCCAAGAUCGCCGAGGAACAUCGCUUUAACUCGUUCUUCCCUGAGCACGACAACAACCUAAUCAAAUGGUAUGUCGACGGAAGAGAUUAUUUCUGGGCUGUCUCUGUCGCACUAGAAAAAGCCAAGGAGACCAUUUACAUCGCCGACUGGUGGCUGUCCCCCGAAUUAUUCUUGAGGAGACCGCCGCACUUCAACCAAGAAUGGCGUCUAGACGCUGUCCUCAAACGUCGCGCUGAGGCAGGCGUCAAGAUCUAUGUCAUCGUCUAUCGCGAGGUUGAGGCCGCCCUUACCUGUAACUCUCAGCACACAAAACACGCUCUCCAGAAUCUUUGUCCCGAAGGCUCGCCAGGUCACGGAAACAUCAAGAUCAUGCGCCACCCUGACCAUAAUGUCUUUGAAAACGCUGCAGACAUGACGCUCUAUUGGGCGCACCACGAAAAAUUCAUCGUCAUCGACUAUGAAAUGGCCUUCAUUGGUGGCCUGGACUUGUGCUUUGGUCGUUGGGACAACCAUCAGCACAUACUUUCCGAUGUUCACCCCGAGGGGGUUGCCAACGAGGUCUGGCCUGGCCAAGAUUUCAACAACAAUCGCAUCAUGGAUUUCCAAAACGUCGAUGAUUGGAAGCAAAAUGAGCUCAGCAAAGCCGAGUACGGUCGAAUGCCCUGGCAUGAUGUGUCAAUGGGUGUUAUAGGGCCGUGCGUCUAUGACAUUGCCGAACAUUUCGUUCUUCGAUGGAACUUCGUAAAGCGCGACAAGUACAAGCGUUCAGAAGGGUUCGAUUGGCUCCAGCUACGAGGCCGUGAAGGAGCAGAUGAGGAUCUUGUCGGAGUGCAAAGGCCCAAGUUCCCUGUGGGCGACUACGUCCUCCAUCCCGUGACCCCCCUAGAAACCAAGAAUCUCAACGAUCGGGGGACUGUCCAUGCGCAAAUUGUUAGGUCUAGCGCUGACUGGUCGAGUGGCAUCCUCAGAGACCACAGCAUCCAAAAUGCAUACAAAGAGGUGAUUCGAAACGCUCAGCAUUACGUGUAUAUUGAGAAUCAGUUCUUCAUCACGGCUACAGGUGAUCAACAAUCUCCCGUUCACAAUACGAUUGGAAGCGCAAUCGUGGAAGCGUGCGUCAGAGCCGGGAAGGAGGGCCGUAAAUUCCGCGUCAUUAUCAUUAUUCCUGCGAUCCCUGGAUUUGCUGGCGACUUGCGUGAUGAUGCGGCAAUCGGAACACGCGCUAUUAUGGACUAUCAGUACAAGUCGCUCUGUCGUGGGGAGCACUCCAUCUUUGAGCAGAUCCGCGCACAAGGCGUUGAUCCGACGAACCACAUCUUUGUGUUCAAUCUGCGAACCUACGAUCGUCUCAACAAGAAUCCUGCCAUCCGCGAGCGAGAGGAAAAGUCCGGUGUCAAAUAUCAGCAGGUGCAACGGGCCCAGGCUGAGGAGAUGAUGGGCUCCGGCAUCCACGACUCCGGUAUCCACGAAAAAUUGAGCAGGGCUGAAGAGAUGAGGGAAUCGAAAGAGAGGACGGACAGCUCACAAGCAAAACAACGAUAUGAAGAGGUGAGGCGAAGUGGCGAAGAUAUAACAUCAACAUUCAGCGUGGCGCACCAUGCCAUGGCUGGAACAGGGAAGCUUUCGGAUGAGCCGUGGGACGGUGAUCCGGAACAAGAGGUUCAUAACUGGAUACAGGAGGAACUCUACGUUCACGCCAAGCUCCUCAUUGUGGACGAUCGCAUAGUGAUAUGCGGAUCAAGCAACUUGAACGACCGCAGCCAGGAGGGCCACCACGACAGUGAGCUUUCUAUCGUCAUGGAGGAUACCGACAUGAUCCAAAGCACAAUGGACGGCCAGCCAUUCCAAGCCGGCAGGCAUGCUGCGACUUUGCGACGCUACCUCUGGCGGGAGCACCUAGGAUUAUUACCGCCACAGGACCAUGACGCCAGUAAUGAUCCCAAUGCCCAGCCGCCGGGCGAAGACUCGCCAAACGAUAUAUGGGAUCGGGACGAGAGCUACAAAUUUGUCGAAGACCCCAUGAGCGACGAGUUGUGGGAGCAGUGGACUACAAACGCCACGACGAACACUAUGACGUUCAGGCAUUUGUUCCACGCGGAUCCCGAUGACUAUGUGAAAACGUUCGAUGACUACAACCUCUAUCUGCCCCCAAAGGGCGUCAAACCGGGCCAUAUCUUCGAUAGAUUCAUCCCGGCGAAGGAUAUCCGCGAGAAGCUCGACCAGAUCAAGGGCCAUCUCGUGUGGAUGCCCCUCGAUUACUUGAAGGACGCGAAUAUGGCUGAGACCGGGCUGCAGGUCAACUCAUGGACUGAGAGUGUAUAUACUUGAGGAGGAAGAAGAAAUGUCGAUAAUGCACCGGCCACACGCGGAGAUGUGAUGAUAAGGCCUAUGAGUGGAUGACCGAUUGGCGUUGCUGGGGCC